UUUCGCUCGCCUCACCGGCUCACCCGUCGUAGCGGUAGGACGCCGCUGGCCGGCCCGUUCCAGUGUGCAGCCUUGGAAUCCCACCGCCACCCACGCAUCCGCGUCGCCGCAUCCAUGGCGGCUUCCGUCCGAGGCCUACUCCCGCUCCCGCCACCACCCUCCUCCCCGUGCACGUCCAUGCGCCGCCUCACCUCGUCCCCGCGGAGGCACACUGCCCCCCGUCGCCGUGGCCCCGGGGUCCGCGCGGCCGCGGAGGCGGCGGGUGGUGCUCCGCGGCAGCCGGAGCCCGUCGAGGUGGUCGGCGUCGGGAGCCGGAAGGACGCCGUCAUCGACUUCUGCCUGGGCUCCCGCACCCUCUCCUCCACCCCGAUCCGCUUCUGGACAGUACAUGUGACGGAUAAUUCUGAAGUACAGUUGAUACAAAGAAGUCAUGGUACAGAGACAGUAGUCAGAGACUUGGAACAUCCAGUGUCUCUUCAGCCUUGCCCACCGGCGAUUAUUCUUGUUGCAAGUGCCGGACAAGAUGCUGAUCAGACUGCUGCAUUGGAGCUUCUAAGUGCUGUCAAAUCUGCUGAUAAGCUGGCCGCAUCAAUAUUUUUGAAGCCCUUUUGUUUUGAGGGACAAAGACGACAAGUAGAGGCAUCUGAUUUGAUUGCUAAACUUCAAGCAUGCUCAAACUUCCACAUCGUUAUUGAAGCUGAUUCUCUGCUUGAGACGGAAGUGGAAACCCUUGCCGAGGCUUUGGAAAGUGCCAAUAAUGCUGUCCUGUCAACUAUUAGCAUGAUAUCUAUCAUAAUGUCGGGAUUUAAUCAUAUGUUCUGGAGCUCUCUUAAUACACAAAUUAAGGAAGUUGGUCCUGAGGAAGUAGGCAAACUACUCAAAAGCUACGGGGAAACUAGAGUUGGAUUUGGUGCUGGUUAUAACGUCCAAUCAGCUAUUAAGCAGGCUGUUCUUCACUGUCCAUUUCUCCGUGGUGGCAUAAAGGACUUGAACAGUGUGGUUUUCCUCUCCCUUACAAGUGCUCGGUUAUUGGCUGAGAGUGACAUGAUCUCCACUCUACACAUCUUUCGUCGAGUUACUGGGUUCACCAAGGAUAUCAUAUUUUCUAGAAAUUCUGAACCUGAUUUAGAGCCGAAACUGAUAGUAGUUUCUCUUCUAACUGUUUGUAACAACCAUGAUGAAAAUGUUGUCUCGGUAAAGGAGGGGUUUCUUUCGAGCUUGGCUUUGCAUUUUCCUUUUAUAUCCUCUCUCAUGGGAGGAGAUACUCCAGAGCUUAAACAAGCUUGGUCAAAUCAAUCAUCUAGGCAACUGCCUGAUGGUGGAUUGAGUAUGGCAGAACAAGGAUUGGCAGAACGAGCUUCCCCACUUUCUGAAGAAUUAGGAAAUAUGAAACCUGAGAGAGAAUCUAAUAACAACGGCACGAGAAUACAACCAGAGUUUCAAGAAGCUACUUCUGAAUCUCAUGAAGAAAUGAGCAUAGAUGUUGGCAGAGAGGGUUUAAGUUUGCAGCAGGGGCAUAAAUUCUGGAGCAAUGCCCCUGCCUUUGGCAUUGCACAAUUGUGGGCUCAAGAGCGUAACACAACAGAUAGAAGCAAUCAAAGGAAUGAGCUCGAUGUUAUCACUCUUCCUGUUGGUGUAAAAUCUCCUGAAAUUCAGUAUGAUCAUUCUCCAAAUACACAGCCUGAAACUCGUAAUGUUACUGAUAGCAUAUCUCUAGCUACUGGACAUGCUGCCUCUGGCGCCUCACUUUCUGAUGUUGGUUUGGAGAAAAUGAUGGAGAUAUGUAGUUCUGCAGCAGCAUUUCUAAAGGGUAGGAUGGGCAAAUCUCGAAAACGUGGAUCUAUUGCUAGCCGGGCUGCAUCGAUGCUCGAUGCUGAAAGAGAACCUGAAAAAACAUGGAGCCCCAUAGUUGAAAUACAGUAUGGAGGUGGGACUUACAGGGGGAGAUGCCAGGAAGGCGUCCCUGAGGGAAAGGGGCGCUUAACCUACAGUGAUGGGAGCUUUUAUGAUGGAGUCUGGAGGUAUGGCAAGAGAUCCGGUUUGGGGACACUUUAUUACAGCAAUGGCGAUGUAUUCCAUGGAACAUGGAGGGACGGUCUUAGUCAUGGGAAGGGUUGGUACUAUUUCCACAGUGGUGACCGUUGGUUUGCAAACUUUUGGAAGGGAAAGGCUAGCGGAGAGGGAAGAUUUUAUGCUAAGGAUGGGAGUAUAUUCUUUGGUCUUUUUAAAAAUGGAUGGCGUCAUGGGGACUGCUUGUUGAUAGAUGCAAAUGGAUCAAGGUGGCUUGAAGUUUGGGAUGAUGGUCUACUUAUCAGACAGACUAAAUUGGAAAAAUAGGGUUCUGAUCUAACUGAUUCUUUUCACAUCAUUGACGACGUCUUCUUGCUGUUCAGAAGGGAGAGGACUUUGCUUGCGAAGUGCAAAUGCUUCAAGGCACUCUGAUAGGUGCCUACUGGAAGAACUGUUCAAAUGGUUGUGCUAAUUUUUCAAAGCUGUGAGCUGUACUGGUUGCCAGAUAUACACCCCUAGAAGUAUGGGAGAAAGCUUUCUUCAUGCUUCUGAUGCAGGGAACAACACCACAAGCAAGGCUGCACCAACCAAGUACUCUUGAUUAUUUCAUUGAUAGCCGCUAUAUAUUUCUUCUCAGAUUAGGUUCUGUGCAUGGAUAAGCUAUCCUGGCCUUGUCUCCGCAUUUCUAAUCCAAUACACAAGCUUCCACGAAAGCAAUCCCUGUAUGUAUAAUGUAUAUAGUGUAAUGCUGAUCUGAUGUGCAUCUUAUUCAAGUUAAUUAUCUCCACAUAGGCCCAGUCAGCAGGUGCCCUUUAGCUUUGAUGAUUAGUACAAAACUAUGAUGAAAAACUAACAGGAGUUCAAAGAGAGGAAAUCCAUUGGUUCUAUGCC